AUGGAAAACUAUGAGCUCAACUUGGUGGGAAGCCCGGAUGGCAGCGAGCAAUCAUGUGCUUUGAAGUCAGAAAUCACUGAUGAGGAUUUUUUCAAGCCCAUGGGAUCUGAAAUACUACUUCCUCAACUCUAUCAAGCUUGGAGUGUGCGCCAGCUCGACGAAUUGGGACAAGAAGGUCUGCAGCACCACCUCGUAUAUUGGUAUAUAUCUAACUGCUACUUAGAGACAAUUGUUCUCCUUCAACUAAAUUACAACCGAUAUUGCGGCACUCCAUGCAACAUAACUCUCUUCCACUGUUGUCGCUACUUGUUCCAAAGCAAUAAGAUGGUGUUCUACCUUCCCGAGAUAUAUGCAGCCAUGAUUCACACAAACCCAUUCUCAGCUCUCCGCGGUAAUGCUGGAACAACUAUUCGAAACUUGCUAUAUUCUGAAGCCAAGGAUACCACCAACAGCUUUGGGGGCCGCUAUAUAUCAUUUCUCGCAGCUAGUCUAUACGAGGAAGUGUCAGUUCGCUGGGAUGGAGAGAUGAUCAGUGAGCGGGAUAAGUAUCACCUCACACUCCGCUCAGGGGCAGUGACACAGCUGAAGCACGACGGGGUGAUGAAAUGGACUGUUCAUAUUUCAUGGAAUGACUUUUCUGGCGGGAUAGAUGUUAGCGGAGAACUCGAGGAUAUCAUGGCACGAUUUUGGUGGCCUAGGAUGGAAGAAAUUUCGGAGGAAGGGGCAUCCGAGUACUCUGUGUAUUCCACUUAUUAA